GGGCCGCGCGCGCCUAUGGCGGGGCCGGCGGUGCGGAGCCCUGCUGAUCCCGAGAGCUGGCUGGGAGGCGGCCGGUGUGGACUCGGAGUGACUGGGCUGAGGCCACGCCGUCCCGGGACUGUCACCUGCCGGUUACCUGCUACAAGGGCACCGCGCCCAGCAGCCUCGGUGGGGGUCUAGGUCGCACCAGUUAAGAUGCAAAGUGGAAUUAGGUUCGCUCGCAUCCAGGAUUUUCACAAAAGUCACCCGAGGUCUGCAUCGGGGCUGGCCAACAACAAAGCUCCUACUGCUGGGCGCACUGCACCUCCCUGGAGUCGUUGGGGUGAGGGGGUCACAGCAGGGAGCCAAGGGGCUGACUCCUAAGGUUGUGCAAGAACUUUGAAAGACAAAUAGAAAUUCUUUAAGCAAAAUGAUCAGAUAAAGCUGAAUGAUCUACCAGUCAUAAGUUUUCUUGAACCCAUCAGACAGCAGGCAUCACAGAGGGAUCUCUUAUCCUAUCUUGAAUGACCUAGCUUCCUAGGCCCAACAGACCAUGGGAGGCCUUGCCAUCCAAGCUGGUAAGUAGUCAGCUAAGUUUUAAUGAAAUGCUGAAUACCAGCUGUUUUAGUCAGCUCUUUCACUGUUCUGACCAGAAGACAUGACAAGAACAAUUAGAGGAGGAUAAGCUUACUUGGGGCUCACAGUAUCAGAGUUCUCAGUCCACAGACAGCCAGCUCCAUCCAUCAUGGCAGAAGGCUGUGGCUGGGGAUCAGGACACGACAAUCAGGAAGUAGACUUCCCUCACCAGGGACAAAAUAUAUACCCCAAAGACAUGCCUUCCUCCUCCAGCCACACCCCACCCAUCUACAUUACCAACCAGUUUAUCAGUUUUAAUGCACCAAUUAGGUUAAGGCUCUCUUAAUCAGUCAUUUCACCUUUAAACUUUUUUUUUUUUGGGGGGGGGCAGCUUCUGGAGAUUGAAUUCAGGGGUACUCAACCACUGAGCCACAUCCCCAACCCUAUUUUGUAUUUUUUAUUUACAGACAGGGUCUCACUGAGUUGCUUAGCACCUUGAUUUUGCUGAGGCUGGCUUUGAAUUCUCAAUUCUCCUGUCUCAGCCUCCCAAGCCACUGGGAUUACAGGCAUGUGCCAUUGCUACCAGCUAAACUUGCUUGCAUGCGCUUUUGAGAGACACCUCAUAUCCAAGCCAUAACACCAGCUAUACCAAGUGUGGACUAGGGUUGGUGUAUAGAGCCCCUGGGAGCCACAGAAACAAGGAGAGUUUGCAGUCACUCCGGACUCUUCACCAGCAUGCACUGUGCUGUGGAAAAGAUCCAAGGCAGGGGCAAAAAUGCUUCCUUGGUGGUGCAGACUUGGAGGAAGAGGUGGCUGCUGCUCCAGCUGUACCCUAUCAUUUGAGGUCUCAUAUACUUGGGGAAGGGGCGGGAUUCAUGACACAUCCACACAUCCAGGGUCACAAGGCCUAGGCCUGACGGUAAAGGAAAGAUAGAACUACUACUGUGCAGAUGACAGUGAGUAGCAUGCAGUUGUACCUGCAGCCUCAAGUGAUGGUGCAGCAGAUGUUGAGAACAUUCUGGACAAAUAGAUCUCACACCCGAGCAAGGUAUUGCUGGGGAAAUAUAAAGCCUGGCAUACUCUAAGGAUAACAGUAGCAACUACAAAACCCAGACCUAUGUCAGCUGCUAACUAGAAUGAUUCAAUACCCAGUACUACAGGCUCAGCAGAAACAGGCUUGUUUUCAGGCGUAAGUACUGCUUACCUCCAUUCCAAACAGUGUCAAGUUUUCAACCAGAAUAGCAAAACAAAAGGCCCCAUUGCCAAGGAUCAAACAAUCAGUAGAACCAGAAGCAGAUAUGGCUCAGAUGUUAGAACUGUCAAGAUGGAGUUUAAGCAUGAUUAAUAUAUUAAGAGCUUUAGUGAAAAAGGUAGACAGUAUGCAUAUACAGAUGGGCGUUUCAGCAGAGAAGGGAGCAGAAAGAGUUGAUGGAAAUGCUAGCAAGAAACAGCAGAGGCACAGAAUGCCUUCAAAGGGCACAGCAGUUGACUUGCUAUAGGUAAGGGGGAAAAUCAAUGAACUUGAAGAUAGGUCAAUAGAGAUCGCCCAAACUGAAAUACAAGGAGAAGAGAAUGGAAAACCCAAAGUAGAGCAUCCAAGAACUGGGGGCCAGUAUCAACUGGCAUUAACAUUUGCAGUAGCAAUUUCAGCAGAAAAGAGAAAUGGAGCAGAAGAAAUAUUUGUAUUUUUCAGAACUAAUGAAAGAUACCAUCCACAGAUUGAAGAAUUUGCUUACAGCAGCAUCAUCAGGAUAAGUAACUUCAAAACAAAAGAACAAUCCUGGAAAUUGCUGAAAGCCAAAGAUCAAAUCUUCAGAGUAGCCAGAAAGAAAUUCUGUAGAGAUGAGGGGAAAGUCUUGCAGGUAGAAGGAACAGUAGGAGUGAAGGUGAGGAAGUGAGUUUUUGCUGGAUAGGUAAUUAGCCCCUAGAACUAGCUGCCUGUGGAAAAAGGUCAUAUCCAACUAAACAGCCUUAUAUGCCUAAGAAGGGAGCUCACUCCAGCCAGUUGGGAGCCACUUAGGGCUUCCUCUCCCAGCACAAUGUGUAGCUUUGGGUUUUUAAUAAUCCUCUUGAAUUUUAUCAUGAUUUUCCUGUAUCUAUUGAUAUGACCAUAUGAUUUUCUUCCCUCUGUUAGUGACAUGAAUUGUACACAUUGGUUUUUGAAUGUCAAACCAACCUUGCAUUCCUGGGACAAAUCUGCUGUCACAAUCCAUUAGACCUUUGAAUUCAACCUGCUAAUAUUUUGUUUACUUGUGUUGAUGUCCAUGAGGAUGUCGGUCUGUAGUUAUGUGAUAAAAGCUUUGUCUAGUGUGCGGUGUCAUGGUAACACUGGCAGUUUGGUGUCUACAAAAUAUUGAUAUCACAAAACCCCAGGAAGUGUUCCUUCUGCCUGCAGUGCUAGAAGAGUUCACAUAGGAUUAAUGCUACUUCUUCACAUGCUUGACGGAAUUAGACAGUAAAGCCAGCUAGGCAUGACAUUUUGAAAAAUGUAUUUUUGUUUGUUUCAUUUUUGGAGAAAUUUUUAAUUAUAAAUUUCAUUUUCUUAGUAAAAAUAGGGCUUGUAGGUUUCCAGUAUCUUCUGAGUCACUUUUGAUAAUUGGUGUAUUUACUGUUUUAUUUUUUAAUUUAUUUAUGUUGGUCCUGGAGAUUGAACCCAGGGAUUUUUCCCUUUUAAUAUUUUUAAAUAUUUAUUUUUUGGUUGUAGUUGGACACAAUAGCUUUAUUUUAUGUGGUGCUGAGGAUCGAACCCAGGGCCUCACAUGUGCUAGGCGAGCGCUCUAUUGCUGAGCCACAACCCCAGCCCUGCCCUUUUUAUUUUUGAGACAGGAUCUCACUAUAUUACCCACGCAGGCCUUGAACUUGCAUCCUCCUGCCUUCAGCCUCCUGAGUCCUCGGAUUACAGAUGUGCAUCACUGUGACUGGCUGAUGAUUGGCUGAUAAAUGAUGGCAUCUGAGGCAGAGUGCUGUCCUCUGGGUGUGUUCAAGUGCCAGCUCUGUUCUGUGACAGCUCCAUACAGCUAUGUGGGGCAGAAGCCCCCCAACACCCAGGCUGUUGUCCUGCUGGAAGAGAGCUACGUCAUGAAGGACCCCUUCACUUCAGGCACAGACAGAUUCCUGGUCCUUGGGUCCCGGUGCAGCUUGUGCAGCAGGCUGGUGUGUGUGGGUCCGGAGUGCAGCUUGUUCUACAGCAGGAGGUUCUGCCUCCCUUGUGUCCAGGACAACAUCAGUGCCUUCCCUCGGGAAAUCCAGCAAGACGUGGAGAAAAGGAAAGGUCCUAAGCGGCCCUCCAGCCAGCCCUGUCCUUGAACGUGAGUGCAGUCUGUGCCAAGUGGGCAGCAGUCUCCUGUGCAGAGCUCCUGGCCUGGUAGGGAGCAGCAUCUGCAGCCCAAGGGAGUGGAGGAGCCGUGCCAGGAGGUGGAGCAGACAGCCUGUGGGUCCAGCCUGGUGCUGCGGAGCUGCCCCUAGGGCUGAGGAUUCUGAGUGAGAGGGAGACUCCCUUCAGUGGGCAGCUCGGGUAGCCUGGAAGGCGCACACAUGAGGCCUGGAACAUGGUGGAGGGCCACACUGCCAUCUGUGCACAAGGAAGUCACUCUCCGAGGCUGCCUUCAUGCACAGCAGUAGGUCUGGGGGACAGGAUUUUUUCUUUACACCCUUAUGUAAGCUUGGAAAUGUCCUGCAUCUUGACCACUCACUGCCCAUUACCGACAUGACUGAGAACCUGAAGAGCCCACCAAUGCUUUGAAAAGAAAUUCUUCCACAAGACACUUGGAGACUGGAUGUCCCCAUAGGCACUCUGGGAUGGCAGUGUGAAGAUGUUUUUUGUGGACACUUUGGGCAAGACAUCAUGCACAGGCAGUGGAGGGGUGCUGGGAAGGCAAGUGUCGGCUUUCCAGCUGCUCAGGCUGGCUCCAGCCCGGGCCCCGCUGCACGCUCUGCCCUGCACUCUCAGGUCAGGAACACUGGCUUCCUUCCCUUAUGCCACCCCUCGCCACCCUGCACUCAGCCCUCUAGUCCCACAGCCUCCCAGGGGUCCCCGUGUCUGCUUAGAGUCUCAGAGGCAGGAACUGCUGCCUUACUCUGUGACCACGGCAAGGCCGACCAGCAAGUUGGGUGAGAUAUAAAGAUCUUUGAUGUGUA